AUGGCUGGUCAAAGGAAUGACUAUGGCAAAAGAUCACAACAUUCACAAUCUGAUUAUGGUGGGGGUAAAAGAAGAAACCCUGGAGAUGACGCUUCUGACCAGCAUACUAUUAGUAACGAAGAUACGGUCUAUCGUUAUUUAUGCCCUUUGAGAAAGAUUGGUAGUAUUAUCGGUAAAGGUGGAGAGAUUGCUAAGCAGUUAAGGGCUGAUAGUAAGUCAAAUGUUAGGAUUAGUGAGGCAAUGCCGGGUUAUGAUGAGCGAAUUGUUACUAUUUAUAGUUCCAGUGAAGAAACUAAUCUUUUUGGAGAAACUGGCGAGUAUAUUUGUCCUGCGCAAGAUGCGCUCUUUAUGGUUCAUGACAGGGUUAUUGCUGAGGACUUGAAUAAUGCUGCUGCUGCUGAGGAGGAAGAGGAGGAGGAUAAGUUUGGGGAGGUGCAGCAAGUUACGGUCAGAAUGCUUGUGCCAACGGAUCAAAUUGGGUGUGUUAUUGGGAAGGGUGGACAAGUUAUUCAGAAUAUAAGGAGUGAGACACGUGCGCAGAUUCGGAUUACCAAGGAUGAGCAUUUGCCUCCUUUGGCCUUGAGUACUGAUGAGCUUCUCUUGAUAUAUGGAGAACCUUCCGUUGUGAGGAAGGCACUUUACCAAGUGGCAACUCGCCUUCAUGAGAAUCCAUCUCGGUCACAACACUUGUUAUUGUCUUCUUCAGCUAACAUGUAUCAAUCUGGUGGCAUGUUUGUGACUCCAAAUGCUGGAGCCCCUCUUUUGGGUCUAUACGGCAAUUAUAAAGGUGGUUGGUCAUCAUCCUUUUAUCCUGAUCAGAGAGAUGAAGCUUCUGCAAAAGAAUUCUCUCUUCGUUUAGUGUGUCCCACAGCAAACAUUGGCGGUGUGAUUGGGAAAGGUGGUGGUAUCAUCAAACAAAUUCGACAGGAAUCUAGGGCUUCUAUCAAAGUUGAUAGCUCAGGUGCUGAAGGAGAUGAUUGCAUAAUAUUUAUAUCAGCAAAGGAGUUCUUUGAAGAUCAAUCUUCAACCAUGAAUGCAGCACUGCGCUUGCAGCCACGGUGCAGUGACAAAACUGAAAAGGAAUCAGGUGAUUCUGUAAUCACUACCCGUCUGCUUGUUGGAAGAUCACAAAUUGGAUGUCUUAUGGGGAAAGGUGGGGCAAUUAUUUCAGAAAUGAGGAAUCUAACAAGGGCAAACAUCCGAAUUAUUUCGGAAGACAAUCUUCCUAAGGUUGCUGGUGAAGAUGAUGAGAUGGUGCAGAUCACCGGAAGCCUUGAAGUCGCUAGCAAUGCUCUUUUACAAGUGAUUUUGAGGUUGAAAUCCAAUUUAUUUGGAAGGGAUGGAGCACUAACUACAUUUCCACCAGCUCUUCCAUAUAUUCCUGUGUCACUAGAUGCAUCAGAUGGUCCAAAAUAUGGAAGCCGAGACAGUCAAUCACGUGGACGCGGAUACCUUUCUUCCUCUGGUGGAUAUGGUUCUCGUGAUGUGCACCCAAGUGAUAAUUAUGGAAGUAAUGGAGGUUCAAUGAUUGGUGGCGAAAGCAGCUAUGGAGCAUAUGGUGGCUUUUCAUCUGGUCGUUCUGGCGGUGCUGGGUUAUCUGGUCAGAACCCUGUUUCCCAAAGAAAACAUCAUGGGUAUUAA